AAGCUCCUUGAGAAAGCGUCUUUAUUCUCUGAUUGGGCGCAGGUCGAAGCUCAGCAUCUCAUGGGCACAAUUGACAAAUUCGGCGGUGCCCCCAUCUUGCCGCGCGACUUCUUUUUUCGGUCUGCGUGCAACACUGUGGUAACGUUCCUGUUGGGUCGACGUCUGGACCUCGACGAUCCGCGCCGGAGGGACAUGGACGAGCACCUCGAGGGAUUUCUGCUAGGCAGCGCUGCCUCGUCGAUCGACUUCCGCCCACAAUGGCUCAAGAGGCUUGAGCGCCGGCUGUUUCCCCGUUCGCCCCGCGUGACCGUUGAGGACCUGGCCAAUGAACUUGAAGCCAUGUCCAAGAGAGAAGUCCAGCGAGCGCUGCACAUGGACGUCUCCCAGCGUAACAAAGCUGUCGUCGACAUCUACAACGAAAAGCUGAAGGAACUCGGCAGCGGACAUGACAUCUUUACAGAUAAGGGGUGGGAAUGCAUCAUGCACAUGGGAAAUGACGGCGGAAAGAACCUCAAGGCAGUUCUCCAGCUCUUUCGAGAGUACGGCGUCAAGCUAAGGAAGGAUAAGUGUACCUUCAGGUUGCCUGAGGUUUCAUACCUUGGCCACGAGAUCAGUAUGGGAAGGCUGCAACCUCUGAAGAAGAACAUGGACACUCUCAUGAAGGCGCCAACACCCAAGAACCGUGAGACGUUGGCCCUAGUGUUCGGGGUAUCAAAGGUCCGAGGCUACCUACUGGGAAGAACAUUCACCUUGAUCACAGAACACAAGCCGAUGGUGGGUCAAUUUCGCGAAGAUCGGCCCACGCCCAUCAUGGCUGCCGGGAGAAUUCAGCUUUGGUCCUUGCUGCUGGGAGCAUACCAGUACAAUAUGGAGUACAAACUUGGUUCGGACAACCUGAAUGCAGACGCACUCAGUUGGCUUCCUCUAGAAACCACCGACGACACAUCAGAGGAGCUGCACGAGUACAUGCACUCGCUGCAGCAGCCGGAUGACACGCCAGUUUCUUCGCAGGCGAUGAGACACUUGACCGAGAAAGAUCAACAACUUAGAAAUGUCAAGUCCUACGUGCUUCAUGGUUGGCCAAAGGAGCGCAAAGCACCCGAUCCGUGGUUGGACCCAUACUUCGCACGAAAGAAGGGCCGGCUGGUGGGCAACGUGACCGACUACCUGCUGGGCGCCACAGCCGUGGUGGCACUGUUCCUUCAAAGCCACGUGCUCAACUUUGCCGCCUACCCAGACACUCUGCAGGAGCAGGUGCGGCAGGAGAUUGACCGCGUUGUGGGCAGAGAGCGGCUGCCGGCGUGGCCGGACCACGUCCGCAUGCCGCUCACCAUGGCCACCAUCUGGGAGAUGUACCGGUGGAAAGCGUGCACACCUUUUGGCAUCCCUCGCGGAGUAGCGGAAGACACAGUGAUUGGCGGCUACCAUGUUCCCAAGGGUACCGUGUUGCUGCCAAACUUUUGGGCCGUCCACCAGAGCACCAAACUCUGGAAGGAGCCUGAAAAGUUCGACCCGUCGCGGUUCAUCGGACCAGACGGCAGCGCCCCGUCCACUAGGCCUGCACACAUCAUGACCUUCUCGCUAGGUAAGAGAAUCUGCCCUGGAGAAAGCUUGGCGACGGCUGAGGUUUUCCUGUACUUGACCAUGCUGCUUCAGAAGUUCAGAAUCCUUCCAGAAGAAGGUACCACCGUACAAAUCGGAUCGUACCAGCCGCUAUACGAGCACGCUGCUACAGGAAUACGUUUCCUGCCCCGCUCUGAUUAAACUCUACAUAGAAAGGAGCUGAGGAAGCAGCAAUAUUGUCUCUGUACACUUCGUCUGGCUCCUUCAGUGCGAUGGAUCCUUCUAUUCGUUUACGCGAUGGCUGUUUUAACAUGAACCAUGAUUGCUUUAUACGAGAAGGAACUUUCCUAUCUUGCUACAGUGAGGUGGUGAUGUCCUCUGGCCACUGCGUGAGCCUGCGUGUGUGUUUCUUUUUUUUUUUUUUCACCAUUAUUAGUAGCUUGGUCGACCUGAUCACUUCCGGUUAUGGCACUCGGCGAUCUCGCGUUACCCGCUAGCUUCCGCUGUCCUUUGUUUCGUGUGAUUCUACUUGAUUUCGUGUGAAAUUUAAGUGCAAGAGAACUUUUUCUUGUGGUUAUUUUGUUUACGGGUUUUUUUCCCACAUCUUGACAUAAAUGUCGCGCACACGUGUAUUAAAAUCACUUCGAAAUGCA